AUGGCACGCAAAUCAGGCCUCAAUCUUGAUUAUUUAUUUGGAGAUGUAUUCACAAAUGUUGUUGGAGAACCUAUCACACCACAAAAGGUUGCCAUUUUUUACCUUAUUCGCCAGUUGUUCAGAAGCCAUUUUGGAUAUCGAGCGGUUCCAAGCACGAGACCAUUUUCACCAAAGCAAAAAUCAAAAAUUUUUAUGAUGCUUUACGGCAUGGCAAUGUUUCCCCAAGAAAUGAGCUAUAAUGACAUUAGACGAAUUGUAAGAUUGAUGGAUGGCGAUAUUAGGAGAGGAAUUUACUACCAUUUUGUUGUCAGUAUGGAGCAAUUAGCAACAGGAGCGGCUCACAUCGAUCUCCGAAUUGAAGAAAGUCUAUACACUUCAAAACGCGAAUAUCAUGAGCUUGCUAUGUACGAAUUGCCACUGACAAAACCCUUAAUGUUUAUGAACGCCAAAUGCUACAUGUUCAUCUGGAUACGAAGACUAAUGGCUCAAUGGACAAAAACCACUCAAUCGGAAGUUUUCGAAAUAAGCGAAAAUAUGAAAAAAUGGCUGACAAGUGGAAAAGACGAUCCUCCAAUACUCGAGAUUCGUGAUGGAAUCGUACUUCCUUAUGAAAUUGAUUGUUCAACUCGUGCUAGAGUUUGGAUUUCAAAACAACUAUAUUUUCUACAAGUUGCUCCAUCAAAAUCAGUAGGACUCGAAAAACUGCUUCAAAUGUGCGAAAUGAUAAAGAACCGUCAUCUUGAUGUGUUCCAAGCGUAUCUUCUUGAAAGUGUAGUGCAUGUUCAUAAAAAGAACGCUCCACGCGCUGUUGAUGCAAUGAAGAAAUUUUUCGAUCUUUCCAUGUUCAAAAUAAAUUCAAAUGUUGUCAAGGCCUCACAAACUCAUCGAUUAGCUACUUUGAGUCAAAAACCUCUUCGCUAUGGACCUCUUCUUCAAGCACGAAUUUAUCGAUUAUUUGGAAACAAAGACGCUGCUCAAUCUCUAUACUGCGAAAGUGUUCAGCAAGCGCAGUUGACUAUGGACGAACUUUGCAAUCGAAUGGCAAAUAUUGAAUUGUCUCUUUUGGAGUUCACUGACGGAGGCCCAAUUCUGGAGAAAAUAUAUUAUCAAAGACCAAAUGAAAUAAAAAAGGAUAAACUCGCGAUGCAGCAGAGUCAGAGCAAUCGAGAGUGCGAUCUGAUGACAGCGAAAGUUGCACCGAUCGUUCAAGAUGGUGAAGAGGCUUCGGAGCUCAUCGAGCAGCUGCUUUCCAUGGCCCGUGUUGUAUUUGCCAUCGAAGAUAUUUUGUAUUGCCGAUAUUGCAUAAAAUCUUCGGAGCAUACAGAAGCUGCACUGCGAAUACCGUCUGUAAGCGACCAUGCGGGAAAAACACGCCAAAUGCAAGAUAUGGCUCUUGCCAUGAGCACAAGCAAUCUAAUCCGAAAUGGAAUGUACCAUCAAGCUCAGAGAGUUUCCGAAGGAAUGUUGACUUAUAAUUUUGAAGACGAUGAGUUGCCGGAGUUCGAAACUGAAUCCAUGGCAGUUGCUGCUGUUAACCUCGCUUAUGCACACGCAUCAAUGGGAAAUCAUAAUAAAGCAUUCAAAAUCAUCGAUAAGAUUGAGCAGAAGUAUAAUCCCGAAAUUAACUGGAUGGCUGCGAGGCAUGUGAAAAUCUGUCGACUUUUGGUAACCUUUGAGCAAGAAUUUUUGCAUGAAAACUUGUCAGCUUGUGAGAGCAUUUUGCGUUUAUUGGAUUCAAUUUCCCCAAUUGAAACGGUUUUGAGGAGAGCAUUAUUAAUGGCCUAUGUGGGAAAGAAGAAUGAAGCGAUCGCAUUGCUACGAGGAUUCGAUGCUACCGAUUCGAUGGCGACAUUGCGAAUUCUCAUGCAAAUGGCUUCAAUUUUCACAUCGAUGCGAAGUAUUGGGGAAGCCGAAGAAUGCUUGAAUGACGCUUCUGCUCUUGCGGUCAAUACUACGUUAAGAAACGUUCGUUUCAUGAUAACCAGACGGGCAGCAAAUAUUUUGCUUGUCAAACAGGAACCAAUUAAGGCAUUGAAACUUCUUAUGCUCAUUCGUGAAGACGUGGAAGCGUUCGGAAGCAUUGUCGAGAAGGUUUUAUAUCACUACGCGAUUGCAGUUGCGUUGAGGAAAAAAAGCAAAGGUGGAGCAGGCGAAAGGAAAUUUCCAAUAGAAGGUGAUGAAGUAUUGGUUCCUGAUGUUCCUUAUAAAAGCAAAAUCGACGAAAAAUUAUUGCGAAAAGUUGAUGAAUUUGAUUCGAAACUGAUUUCUCACUUGGAACGACUUUCAUUGGUUCGAUUUGAUUCUGAACAAGCCGUUGCAAACCUUCGCAAUUCUGUGAAAUUUGCACAGCAGCUUGAAUUAGUCGAUGUUGAGGGAGUCGAACCGAUGCAUGUCGUUUGGGAAACUUUAGAAUGCCCGGUAUUUGAAGAUAUCGAGGAAAAUUCGCUGCCUAUCGAAGAAGUGUUCCGAAAUUCGCCGCAACGUUUCGAUGAUUUCUUUGUAACGCCGCCUGGCAAUGUUCCACUUGAAUCGAAAGAGCGAUUCGAUUUGAAAAUGAUCAACGAAUGGGACAAAAUUGGAAAACCAGUUGCACCACAAGUUAAAUCGAAUAAAUUUACGGAAAACCAAUAA